AUGGAACCUAUUGUUAAUGAGUUUUCAUAAGUAAAUGAUGAUUCAGUCGAAAAAGAGAAGGCCUAAAUUAAAAAUAUCAUAGUAUUUGAAACAGCAGGAACAUUAUUAUUGAUCUAUGGAGCAUUAGCUACAGAAACAAAUUUCGGAGUAGCUCUUGUUUAUUUCAUUGGAUUAGUGGUAUGUGCAAGGUUAAGCGGAGGAUACUUCAAUCCUAUUUGCACUUUAAUAGGAUAUAUAGAUGGAUCGAUUUCUAAGAAAAAAGCCAUUUAUUAUGUUGGAGCUUAAACAGUUGCAGGUUUAAUAGCAGGGAUGUUAUUGAUGCCAAUGUUUGCAUCCAAAUAAACAUUGCCAUAUUUCGAAAGAUUACCAUCACAUUAAGUCUUUGGAACAAUGAUGUCUGAAAUAGCUGGCUCCAUCAUCUUUUUCACAUUCAUACAAAUUUAGACUGCAGAAAACACUAAAAUAACGACUACUCCUGUGCAAUCCGCCAUCUUUGUGAGUGUCAUUUAUUUCGUAGCUCGAUAAUACACUGCAACGAUGGGGAAUAGUUUAUUCAACCCUUCAGCUGCUUUUGGAUUACAAUUAUUUUAUGGAAUUUAUUAUGGAAAAUGGGAUUAAAUGAUUAAUUUAUUGAUGUACAUUCUUGGUCCUUGGAUUGGAGCAUUGUUAGCAAUCACCUUCUUUUGGAAAAUCUAUACUCCAACUCUUGUUAGUAAAUAGUCAAAUUGAAUUUCAUAUUAAUACAAUAUUAAUUUUAUACGGUUAUUAA